AUGUCGUCGUUUACUUUGGAACAGGUCCAGCAGCACUGCAAGCCGGACGAUGUCUGGAUUGUGCUUCACAAUAAGGUCUACGAUGUGACCAAGUAUCUGGAGGACCAUCCUGGUGGAAGCGCCGUGCUCAUCGAGGUGGCUGGCACGGAUGCCACUGAGGCCUUUGAGGAGAUCGGCCACUCGGACGAAGCGCGCGAGCAGCUCGAGCCGUUCUACGUGGGCGACCUACCGGCAGAGGAACACGCCGAGUCCAUCGAGGUCUACCGUCCCAACUACGAACAAGUCUCGCAGACAGCCGUCAUCAACGUCAAGCCCGCCUCCUCUCCAAGCCUCCUCCCCACCCUCCUCAAACUCGGCCUCGCCGGCGCAGCCAGCACCGCCGCCUUCGCCGCCUACCAACAAGGCUACACAUUCUCUCGUCUAGCGCAAGCCCUCCCCUCCCUCGCAGGGUCCCUCAGCGCGCCCUCCGACCGGUCCACCUCGCGCCAGUUCUGGGCCGGCGCAGGCAUCGCCAGCACGCUGCAAUUCAGCCUCACAGUCGCCCUCGGCAUGUGGGCCUCCACCAAGCUCGACGUGCAAGAAGAGUUCACGCACUACGCACCGCGCCGACGCACCCAAACCGCACGCCUCCACCGCCUGCCCCGCUCAUCCGUCCCCCUCCAGCGCGCGAAAGUCCUCGACGCCCGCCAAUGGCGCUCUUUCCCGCUCGCGCAAAAGACAGAAGUCGCUCCCAACGUGUAUCUCCUCGUCUUCUCGCUCCCGCAGUCAGACGACAUCCUCGGCCUGCCCACCGGCCAGCACGUCGCUCUGCGCGCCACCACCGCCUCCGGCCAGACCGUCACGAGAUCCUACACACCCGUCUCCAACAACCGCGACGCAGGACGCAUCGAGCUGCUCAUCAAGACCUACCCCAACGGCGCCAUGACGCAGCACCUCGCCCAAAUGCAAGUCGGCCAGACGAUCGACAUGCGCGGGCCCAAGGGCGCAAUGCAGUACUCCAGCCAGUACGCGCCUCACAUCGGCAUGAUCGCCGGCGGAACGGGCAUCACACCCAUGUACCAGCUCAUUCGCGCGAUCUGCGAAGAUCCAUCCGACACGACGCAGGUGUCGCUGCUGUACGCGAAUAACACGGAGGCAGAUAUCUUGCUGCGGAAGGAGCUGGAUGCGUUUGCGGCGGAGAAUCCGGGCAAGUUCCGGGUGAGGUAUGUGCUCUCGCGCGCCGACGAGAGCUGGACUGGUGAGAGGGGUUUCGUGUCUGCCGAGAUGAUUGAGAGGUUUUUGGCGCCUGUUGCUGCUGAGAAUAAGGUGUUGCUUUGUGGGCCGCCGCCGAUGGUGGGGGCUUUGAAGAAAGCAUUGGGGGGGUUGGGGUGGACUAUGCCGGGGGCUGUUGCGAAAGCAGGAGAUCAGGUUUUCCUUUUCUAG